AUGGGCAGUUGUGCUCACUGUGGCAAGGCUUCAACCGUGGGGUGCUCUCAUUGUGUGGGAGCUCCAGAAUACGACGACGGAGAUGCUGUCACUACCUUCUGGUGCAGCCCUGAAUGCCGGGCAGCUCACGAGCCAACUCAUCAAGAGUGUUGCUACAACCUGCAACGACGCAAAACUCUUUUACGUACAGCAAAGCUACUCAAAGCAGCACUUUUGGCGUACAAGGAGGUUGUAUACGACAUUCAUGUGACAAGAAUCUCACACGACAAGGACAACGGAACUCUAGUCCUCACACACAAACCGAACCGAAUCGAGCGCCAUCCUUUCCCGAGCCACCUCACAAGUAUCGAAGAACACAAACAAGCUGCUCUUCUAGUAAACCAGUGCACUAUGUCGAUUUCUCUACUUGGUCCGAUGUCCAGGGGUCUCUUGGCCGGAAUUGUCUCUCGAAUGGAUGUCGCCGUCGUUGAGAUUCAGAAUCCUCCCCUCACUAUCAAAUUUGACCCCCAUGAUGGCAUCGUGGCAGACAGGAAGUUCCAUACCAUUGUCGAAGCGACGUUGGACUCAUCGGAGGAACGAUGGCUGAUCGACGUCACAGGCUGUCAGUAUGGCUUCCGGGAUAUUCUGCUUCCCCUUGAGAAGUACAUUGCACAGAACAACUGCUCCUCAUAUGAGCUGUUACAGCCUUACGGUCACACUGAAACCACCGACCAGGACGAGCUUCCACGCUCACCUUUGAUCAUACUCACGAGAGGGCCCAGUGAACAACAGUUGGCAGACAUUGAGAUCGAGAAAGGUUAUCGCCGACACUUCGCCGCUCUAGUUCGCGCAAUAGUUAAUCAGGGAUUGACUCAGGGGCCUGACGCUCAAUUUGCAGUCACUCUCGAUGAAUUGGUCCGCAGAGUGAUCACAUACAUGUCAAGUUAUCAACCUCAGACGGGGGCAUACCAGGAGAGCCCUACGUACUGA